UGAUCGUUUUCUAGGGUUUUUGGUAAAUGGAAUUGGAAGAGGUUGUAAGCGAGAGGUACAAGACGCCCGAGGCGAUGGCGCUGCUCAACGUGGCGGAAAUUCGCGAGAAAAUCCGGGCACUGGGGCCGCGGCCCGAUCCCCAGGAGGUUGAGGACGCGCGCCAGGCGCUCGCCGCGUCGAAUGUGUCGCUCGCGCAAGCUCUGGAGUCGAUCGCCUUGGAAGAUCUUGAGGCUAAGGCUGAGGAGGAGAAGGCCGCGCGGGACGCCGCGGAGCGAGAGAGAUUGCCGUUGAGGGCGAUUCUCCAGCUUGAUGAGCUCCAUCGCUUGUACGGGAAUUUGCUCAAGGAUGCCGAGGCUCUUCUCGAGAAGAAUUCUUCGGUUCCAGUGAAGGAAGAGGGGCAAGGGCAGAAUCUUGCGGCAAGCCGGCUGCUAGACGAGGCCGCGGAGAAAAAAUUGUCCGAGCUAAAUCUUUGCAACCAGUCCCUCCAGUUGGUCCCGGAAUCCAUUGGGAGGAUUUCUUCGCUGGUGGAUCUCAACUUAUCCACGAACCAGAUCGAGGUACUUCCAGAUGCUAUUGCUGGCCUGGCGAAUCUCGAAAGGCUCCAGGUGCAGUCCAACCGUCUUCGAAUUCUUCCAGACUCUAUUGGCUUGAUGAAGAACCUCAAGUACUUGAACUGCUCCAGGAACCAGCUAAAGCAGCUUCCAGAGAGGAUUUCUGGAUGCAGUGCGUUGAUCGAGCUCAAUGCCGACUUUAACAAGAUCGAGUAUCUCCCCUCGAGCUUUGGACGAGGAAUGGAUUCCCUGGAGCGACUCUCUCUCCAACUCAACUCUCUCACGUACCUUCCACCGACGCUGUGCGAGGUAAAAACUCUCAAACACCUCGACCUUCACUUCAACAAGCUCAGAUCACUCCCAAGAGCCAUCGGCAACUUAACCCGCCUGGAAACUCUCGACGCCAGCAGUAACUUCAGCGAUCUCACCGCUCUUCCAGAAUCCAUGGCCGACUUGGUCUCGCUCACACACCUCGACCUCCGCUACAACCAGAUCCGCGAGCUCCCGCUCUCCUUCGGCAGGCUGACCAACAUCAAAACACUGGAGCUGGACGAGAACCCACUCGUGGAUCCGCCGCUGGAGAUCGUCCAGCAGGGAACUCCAGCCACGAUGAAGUACCUGGCCUAUCGAUUGGAAGCGAGCUUGCUCAAGGCCAUUGAGGAGGAGAAGUUGCGAAGCUCCCAGCAGCCAAGCUCUCCUUCGUGGAUUCCAGCGGCGGCGCAAGGAUGGGUCUCUGGAGUUUACUCCAAUAUCACGAGCUAUCUUACCAGUCCCAAAGCUAGCGGCAAAGAGGACUACCUGGAGCAGCAACUAUGAGAGUGGACACGCGUCACAAAUGUAGCUACACAUAAGUGCUUUACAUUGACUUAUAUAUUGACUCUCGUUUACUUU